AAAAUUGUGUUUGUUCUGACUGUCAACGGCCGUGCCAUGCGUCAGGUGACCAGACUCCUGAGGUUGAUCUACAGCCCAGAUCACUAUUACUACAUCCAUGUUGACAAGGUAUAUGCUGCCAUUGGCUGUGAUUAGAUAGCAAACACUUCAUCUUACUCAUUGAUAUAUAAACGGAUAGGCUCGUCCAUAAUACCAGUAACCAGUCUUACUCCAACCAUCUUAAUGUAACACCAUGGGAUACAUUUAUAUAUAUAUAUGCAGCAUUAAAAUAGGAUUGGGACUUAAACAUUUGAUUAAACAUAAUCCUCUCAGUUUAUUUGGUAAAAAUUCUUUUGAUCAAAUUUUACAGUUUAUGUAUGUUUUUCUUUAAUUUUUUUCUAUUAUCAAUAGAUUAAUACUUGACCAAGAAAAUUUUGAACAAUUGUCGACAUUAUUUGUUGCUAUGGUUAUCAUUGCGUCUUUAUGUAUUUUAACAUAAAAUAUUUAAGUGCAUUGUGACUUUUAAAAAGUCGGGUUCCUCCCUCAUGCUUAACACUGAAUACCACCACCACAAACUGGAGGAGACAUUCUCAACAUUGACCUCCCCUUGUAAGCCUUUUACCACUACUUUUAUCAUUGCAGCGACAAGAAUUUUUGUUCAGAGAAUUACUCCCCUUGCAACAUCGCCUGGCCAACGUGUUCCUGACAAACCAGAGAUUUUCAACAAUAUGGGGAGGUGCCAGUUUGCUGCAGGCCCAUUUGAGCUUUCUCAGGGAGCUGUUUGAAGACAAACCAGACUGGAAGUGGGACUACUACAUCAAUCUGAGUGAGAGUGAUUACCCUGUCAAGUAAGGGGCAUCUCGCUGUGGUCUCUUGAAAAUUUUUUAUUCACAGUGGUUCUCAGAAUAGUCUGAUGUAGUGAGAUUACUGUAUAAAUCUCAGUGGGAGUGAUUACCCUGUUAAGGCAUCUCUUUGUGGUCUGCUGUAUUCUUAAACACUUUUCAUUCACAGUGGUUCUCAGAAAAGUUUUAGGUAGUAGAAUAGGCUUGGACUAUACCAGCGUUUCCCAUGACAGCAAAAAUACAGGAUCACAAAACUGGAAAGACUAGCUAGCGUUACAUUGAUUUUAAUGGAGAGAGUUGAAACCUCAUUGUCUUUCAUCUGAAAGUUAAUCAUUCAUUUCCACCUGAUUAUUCCUUUCAAUGUUGCCAAUUUCUUGUUCAUGUUGUUCCAUGCAGUAAAAUGAAGGUCAAACUUAUUUCUCAGGUGUACUGUGCUAUGGCAGUGGCUGUCCAAUUUCAUAGCUGUGAAAUGCCAGGCCUCAACUUAGUCUCAUUAGCCUACUUGUUGUCUCCUUUUAAACAUUAUUUAUUUCAUGUUACAACAAUUUUUUUGACUAAACAUAGAAAAUGUAAGCUUUGAUUAAAACUGUUUAUUUUACAAUUAAACCUUUGAAUUUUGAAAUAUAUUCAGCUAUUAAAAUGUCAAGUAAAUUAAAUCAUCUUUAUUUUUUUUUAUUAGACCUAUUUCAGACUUGGUGGAAUACCUAACAGCAUACAAGGGUCUCAACUUUCUACGCUCGUUUGGUAAAAAUGUACCAAGGUAAAAGAAAAGGUGGUUUUAAAAAUACAUGCACAAAUGCCUAAUCAAUUCUCAAUUUAAGUGACGCAUUUAACAAAGUGGUUUUUUCUUUGAUUAAAAAACCUGUCCAAUACUAAAACAUGUAUCCCAUUUCCUCUGGAUAAAUUUCUUUGAAGGAUUUUAGUGUCCCAAAAAAUGUUUUUUCACAUUUUUUAGUUCUGAAACAUUUAUUUUAUUACUCAAAAAAAGGAAAAUCCUCAAAAGUCUUACUCUCUUUUAAGGGAAAAAAGAAAUUUAGAAGAAAAAAACAGACAGAAUUUCAUUGUUUUUUAUGUUAAUAAUUCUAUUUCAUAUUAUUCUGUCAAAGAAAUAAAAAAUCAUUUUUGUAAUAAAGUUCUCUUAGUUUUGUCAAGAAGUAAAAUAUAGAAACAAUCCUGCUUUUAAUUUGUGAACCUGGAUGGUAAAGUAUAACUGUACCUGUGUUUCAUCUCUUUAGAUUUAUUAAAAAGCAGGGAAUGGACCAGACUUUCCAUGAAUGCGAGGAUCACUUAUGGCGUGUGUCCCCACGAACUCUGCCCGCAGGGGUCAUCUUUGAUGGAGGCAGUGACUGGAUCGGACUGUUCAGGGAAUUUGCCCGUUACGCCCUCACCUCAAAAGACAAACUGGUGACGGGGUUGAAACAGUAUUAUAAAUAUUCCCUGCUCCCUGUUGAGGUUAGCAUUGGAAAUAUAGACAUUUUAACUAAGAGUUGAUAGAUUAAGUCUAACAUUGGAAGAAUGGUGAGGUGUGUCUAUGAACUUCAUUAUUUUGCUAAAGUUCUGAAAGAAACCAACAUCUGUAUUUAUGUAUACUAUUUAAAGUCCAUGAUAUUUACAAAACAAAUUUCUUUUUUUAAAGUGCUUCUGUUAUGCCAUCAUACUCUUUCUUAAAAAAUGUAACAGAUUUCAUAUGUUCUCUUUGACAAUUAGCUUUCAUCUUCUUAUGUAUUGCAUAUUCAAAGACAUAUGUGACAAAAUAAAUAUACUUGAAGUGCUUGAUUUGCAAUUUUUUUCUUUCAAAUUUUUUUUUUCAAUUUUAAUUAUUUUUUUAAAAUAACAGUUUAAUCUGAUAUUCAAGAAUUAUGUUUUGGCCAUUUAGUUCAGUGUUGUUAAGACCAUCUACAAUCUUGUCAUUUCAAAACAAAACACUUUUGAUCCCGCAGCAGCGAGCAUCUUAAAAUGAACUUCUUUUUUUUUCUCCUGCAGUCGUUCUUCCACAUGGUACUACAAAACAGCAUGUUCUGUACCCAGUCGGUCGACAACAAUCUUCACCUGACCAACUGGAGGAGGAAGCAAGGCUGUAAGUGUCAGUACAAACACAUCGUGGAUUGGUGUGGAUGUUCACCCAACAAUAUCAAGAUCACAGACAUGGAGAGGCUUCUGGUCAGUGCCGUGGUUACAUUUACGACAUAACUGGUUGUUACAUUUGCAGCAUAUCCUGUUGUGUUGCAUUCAUUACUUACAUUUCGUACCUACCUUCCGCGUGAUUGCUCAAAGUGUUGGGUUUCUGAAAUGCGCAGGUCAGAUCAUUAUUGGGGCUGUUUAAAUUGUUUGUUCUCCUGAUGCACCAGCGUGCUCCCCCUGAAGUCACAAAUCUUAAUGUUCUCCUGAUGCACCACUGUGCUCCCCCUGAAGUCACAAAUCUUAAUGUUCUCCUGAUGCACCAGCGUGCUCCCCCUGAAGUCACAAAUCUUAAUGUUCUCCUGAUGCACCAGUGUGCUCCCCCUGAAAUCACAAAUCUUAAUGUUCUCCUGAUGCACCAGUGUGCUCCCCCUGAAGUCACAAAUCUUAAUGUUCUCCUGAUGCACCAGCGUGCUCCCCCUGAAGUCACAAAUCUUAAUGUUCUCCUGAUGCGCCACUCUGCACCCCCUGAAGUCACAAAUUUGUUCUCCUGAUGCACCAGUGUGCUCCCCCUGAAGUCACAAAUCUUAAUGUUCUCCUGAUGCACCAGUGUGCUCCCCCUGAAGUCACAAAUCUUAAUGUUCUCCUGAUGCACCAGCGUGCUCCCCCUGAAGUCACAAAUCUUAAUGUUCUCCUGAUGCACCACUGUGCUCCCCCUGAAAUCACAAAUCUUAAUGUUCUCCUGAUGCACCACUGUGCUCCCCCUGAAGUCACAAAUCUUAAUGUUCUCCUGAUACACCAGUGUGCUCCCCCUGAAGUCACAAAUCUUAAUGUUCUCCUGAUGAACCAGUGUGCUCCCCCUGAAGUCACAAAUCUUAAUGUUCUCCUGAUGCACCUGUGUGCACCCCCUGAAGCUCCUGAUGCACCGGCGUGCUCCCCCUGAAGUCACAAAUCUUAAUGAGAACUAUUAAGUCCCUGAUAUGGGAAGAGAUUUCACAAAAUGGCUGGUUUUUUUCACUAGUGAAAUAAUUUAAUGUGUUCAAAUUGUAUUAUGUGCUUAAAAUGUACAAUGCAAUCAAAAAACAUCUCCAUUUGUUUGGAUCAUUAAAAGAAUUUUAUCUUAUGUCAAAGCUAAAUGGCAUGUUACAGCAUGUCCCAUGCAUUAUUUCAGCUUUCCAGAUCAAUUUUACCAUUUGAUUCAAAUUCGGUUAUACAAACAGCUAGGUGAAACACUAAUAUUAUAAUCUAUGUAUUCCAUGUAAUGGUAUUACUUGGUAACUUUGAAUUCAUCUCUCCUCUAGCACUAUGACAAGAAACCAAUGUUUUUUGCCAGGAAAUUCGAAGCCAUUGUUGACCAGGAAAUCAUCAACUCAGUGGAUCUCACAUUUCAUGGCCAUCUCUACCCAGGUGAAAGAGAAUGUUUAUUGUUUAUGUCAGAAGGGUGCGGAAGCCCCACUUUGAAUCUCACAACAAGUGUUAAUUUUAGUUCCUCAUACAACCCAACGUUCACAAGUUCACCAACACAAUAAAUAUAAUAAUAAUGAGAUUUGGAAAUGUAAAAAAAAAUAUUUUAAAGCUUAAAUCUAUUCCGGCCAGGUUUUCAGUAAAAUAGUUGAAAAGAAAUGAAUUGACUUUACAACAGCAACUUUUAAAUGCCAACAUAUGUUGUUUUUAAAGAAAAUAUAUAUAUUCUUGAAUUUUAUAAAAACACAAUGUACAUCGUAAUUUAAGUAAAUAAAUAACUAAUCUUUUAAUGUAAGUAUGUGCAUUAAUUGAAAAUUAGAUGACCCUCAGAUUAGAAGGCUGUUUGACCACAGCUAACUCAGAUUUGAAACCGAUGUCAAUAAGUUUUAAAUUAUCAACUGUCUAUUUGUUUAGAAACUUAUUCAUGUUCAAUUUAUUUAUUUAUUAUUUUUUAUUUGAAGUUCUUUUGUGUAACACUUUCAAAACAAGAUAUAAUUUUUUUUGCUGGUAGGCCCCAUAUUGGUUUAUCAACCAUUUCUCUGAAAUAUUCUUUUUUUUUAAUGUAUGUAUGUAUUAAACCAGUGGCUCUCAACCAUUGGCUCUCAACCAGUGGCUCUCAAACUUUUAAAGAUUUCUUGAUGGACUCGCGCUAACAGGUGGUUGCAAAUGGAAUCAGCAAUCUUAAAUCCAUCUUUGCAACAUCGAAAAAGGACUGUGCCAUUUCAAUUCAAAAAUCACUAAAACACAUUUCAUGGAAAACAUGUGUUGCACCCCCAUCACUUAUAAAACCAAUGAACUGUUCUUAAAUUAAAAUUGUCCUCCAAAGGCAGGUAACUAAUGGGAUUUACAAAGGGCUUGUUAAUAAAACUAUAGUGUCAUUCAAAUUCUUAUAGAUCAUGAAAAUAAGGAGAAAUGUCUUCUCUAAGAAUUGAUACAUGCUGUUAAAUCACAAGGAUAUUGUCAUCGAUGUGAUGCAAAGCUCUUUUUCAUCAACGUGUGUGCUUAGCUGUGGAAAUAGGGCAAAGUGCCUCUUCUCUAAAUUCAUAUACCAUAGUUUUAGCUUCAUUUUGAAAGCCGUCAAUGAUUCAUAAUAAUGGAUCACUGAGAUCUCUUGUCCUUGAAGCACUGAGAUAUCUUGUCCUUGUAACACUCAGAUCUCUUGUCCUUGUAACACUGAGAACUCUUGUCCUUGUAGCACUCAGAUCUCUUGUCCUUGUAGCACCAAGAUCUCUUGUCCUUAUUACACUCAGAUCUGUUGUCCUUGUAGCACUCGGAUCUUUUGUCCUUUUAGCACUGAGAUGUCUUGUCCUUGUAACACUGAGAACUCUUGUCCUUGUAGCACUCAGAUCUCUUGUCCUUGUAGCACCAAGAUCUCUUGUCCUUAUUACACUCAGAUCUGUUGUCCUUGUAACACUCAGAUCUCUUGUCCUUGUUACACUCAGAUGUCUUGUCCUUGUAGCACUCAGAUCUCUUGUCCUUGUAACACUAAGAUCUCUUGUCUUUGUAACACUCAGAUCUCUUGUCCUUGUAACACUCAGAUCUCUUGUCUUUGUAACACUCAGAUCUCUUGUCCUUGUAACACUCAGAUCUCUUGUCUUUGUAACACUCAGAUCUCUUGUCCUUGUAGCACUCAGAUCUCUUGUCCUUGUAGCACUCAGAUCUCUUGUCCUUGUAGCACUCAGAUCUCUUAUCCUUGUAACACUCAGAUCUCUUGUUCUUGUAGCACUCAGAUCUCUUGUCCUUGUAACACUCAGAUCGCUUGUCCUUGCAGCACUCAGAUCUCUGGCUCUUGUAACACUCAGAUCUCUUGUCCUUGCAACACUCAGAUCUCUUGUCCUUGUAACACUCAGAUCUCUUGUCUUUGUAACACUCAGAUCUCUUGUCCUUAUAGCACUCAGAUCUCUUGUCUUCUUCUUCUUCUUCUAUAUCUGAAGGGCCCACGAUCAAUUUAUUGAUCAUUUUGGCUCCUAUGCAUGUAGAUGGGAUUUGCAAUGUUUCUGUUCCUGGUGUUGAUGAGGAAAUUUCACAGAUUUCCAGUGCCACUUUGUGAGGGAAUCAUGCACUGGGGGUUUGAAGGCUUGAGGCAAUAGACACAAAUGUGUCUAGUGUUGUCGCCUCAACCGUUCCUUUUGAAAGAUUGUUCCAGUCCCUGAUUGUCUUGGGCAGGAAUGAGCAGCUCCUAUACUGGCUUCUUGCUGGUAUGAGCCUGAAUUGCCUGUCAUGGCCUCGUCGCUGUCUAUGGGGGAGAGGUACGAGUUUCUGUUUAAUACUGGAACAGUGGACCAGCCCAUUAUUUAUCUUGUACAUCAUGGAGAGCCUGGAUUGUCGUCGUCGUUUCUCCAAUGGUGACCAGCCUAGUGUUUCUAGCAUGCUGCCAACACUUGAGGUAUUCCUGUAGCGGUUUAGGACAAAGCGUGCUGCUCGUCGCUGGACCGCCUCCAACCUGUCAAUGCUCUUCUGGGUAAAUGGGUCCCAGACUGAAGAUGCAUAAUCUAAAAUCGGACGGAUAAAGGCUUUAUAUGCUCUUUCUUUCACACAGGAGUUGCCAAUCUUUAGAUUUCGCCUUAAGAACCCUAGGGUCUUGUUUGCUUGGUUACAUACAUUGUUAAUAUGUUCAUCCCAUCGGACCUCUCUUUGAAUGGUAACACCCAGGUACUUUACGGAGGAAACUUGCUCAAGAAUAUGGCCGUGCAGUUUGUAUUGGUAGUGUAGAGGAGUACAACUUCUAGAGAUUGAUAGUGUCUGGCACUUGGCAGGGUGAAAUUCCAUGUCCCAGCUCAUCUCCCACUCAGCUAACAGAUUGAGAUCCUGUUGUAGCUGGUCCUGGUCAGAUCUGUUGGCGAUCGUCCUAUACACUGCUGUGUCAUCUGCAAACAGUCUUGCCUGUGAUGUCAGUUUCUCCGGUAGGUCAUUAAUGUAUGCUAGGAACAAACAGGGGCCCAGGACUGAUCCCUGGGGGACCCCUUGUAGCUCUGAGAUCUCUUGCCCUUGUAGCACUCAGAUCUCUUAAUAAAUUAACCGUUUAAUAGCAAGGAUGUAAGGAAACUGACAGAGAAUUUUGGUGUCUUUCAAAAAUGGCUCCAUCUCUUCACUUGGUAUUAAAACUCUCUUCAAGCCUUUCCCUUUGGAAAGACACCUCAUGUGACAGUGCAAAAAGUGUUUUAAAUACGGAACCACUUUCUUUUCAUAACCCAGAAUACACAUGAGAGUUCAGUGGAUUCUCUUUAAUGAAGUUCACUGCUGUAAUCACUUCAAUGAGAACAUUUAUCCACUCAUCAGGCAUGGUUUUCGCUAUUAAGGCUUGGCAGGGAAUAGUGCAGAGUGUGCCAAUAAUGUUUGGGGAUUUUUGCUCCAAUAAAAUUUUUAAACCAGAACAGAAUUCAAGCAAGGAAUUAUUCCCAUUUGUUACCAUGCGACUCAAAGAAUCUGUCAACUUUAUCAAAUAUUUAUUUUUGUCGUUCUGGUACUGAGCGUUUAGAACAAAAAAACAAUCUCCAGUUGCUUGUUCUAUCCAUGUUGUGUAUAGAUGCCAAGUUGGGCUCAGUUGGUGAUGUCCAUCAUUUCAUCAAGCUGAAUUGCAAAGUAGUUGAAAAUCGAAUUCUGAAUCUUCAAGACCAUCUGCGACAGUAUGUUAUCAGAUAUCUCCUCUGUUCACUGCCUAAAACUUGCUGGACUUUAGAGAAGUGGAUGCCGACACAUCAGAACACAAUAGACACAGUGAUUUCUCUUCCUCACUAGACUUUAUCACAUAAAACCAAAUUUCUUAUAUUAACGUCAUAUCAAAUUAACAUUUUUGGAGUGCAUUAUAAUCUAUUUAAAAAAACUAAUUGUUGAAAUUUUAAUUAUAUUCAGUAACUAAUAUUGUUUAAGUGAACAAGUCUCAACUAGAUUAAAUAGGCCAAUUAAUUAAGAGAACAGAACAUCCAAAAUAUAACAGAAUCAUUUAGAAAAUAAGGAGAAAAUAAUUUUACUAAGGAGAAAAACGGGAGGGAGACGACAGGCUGCUGGCAUAAAGUUUUUAUCUGAUAGAUAGCUACUAACUGAAAUGGCUCCACAGAUUGGUGACACUCCACAAUAUGCGAAAGGUUUCAGGGAACCAAGUGGGCAUAAACAUUUGAUGCACACUCUGCUUGAUUCUGAGAAAGAAGUGUGCCAUAUCACUAACUAUAAUAGCGGUUCUGAGAAUUUAGUGAAUAGUCCAAGUCUCAUGGGAACUAAAUUGGAUUCCUCCACAGGACAUAGCAACCACCGGCAACAAUUGCAAAUAGCCCAAAAUUUGUAUCUAAGUGACCCCUUCACGGUCUCCCUGAAAAUGCUGCACAGUCCCCAGUUUGAGAAACACUGUAUUAAGCCAUUCUGAAAUAACUACUGCAUUUAAUAGUUUAAAUGUUUUGAUAUUUUUAGGCAUUCAAAGCCUGUCGAGUUAUUGGCAAAAUGUCUAUCACCAUUUGGAUAAAGCCACCAAAGUGAAGGAUGCAGCACUGACCAUUUAUGCUUCAAUAGAGCGACUGGCCUCUGCCCAGUUAGCACAGGUAGGCUGAGAGCAAUCUUAUCAAUCUUGGCAAUCUUUAGUUCAAUUGACCUAUUCAAAGUUGAAAAGUAUUCCAUAUUUUUAGUUUGGUCAGAGUUUGUAGAAAAUUAUGUUUUUUGGUAAAUUAGAAAUGGUCGUAAGCCAUGUUUCUUUUUAUUCUUUGAUUCUUAUCUCAAUUGGACUUUUUUUUUUGUGUGUGUCUCAAGAUAUGUGCUUUAUAUAUAUAUAUCAUCAUCAUCACCAUUUGUAACGUAUUAUAAACACAGUUUUAUGUGUUAUGAUGUUGUUACUUGUAGGGUUGUAAUUAUCACUUAUACUAUACUGUGCAUCCACAUUUACAUACGUCCACCUUGUUUAUCCAAAUAAGUACCAGAGGAAUUAGCAUCAUGACUUCUAUUGACUGAUGAAUGGACACACAAUAAAACAAUAUCUCUGUAGAUCAGAGUAAAAUAUAAUCCUUCAUACAACUUAUUCUAUUUCACAAAAUGAGCAUUAAGAUGCUAUAAAUAACUAAAAUGAACAUGGCCAGUGUCAAAUAUAUGAAUCCCUGCCAAAGAUUUAUGACCGUUACGUCUAUCCCAUAAUUCCUUCACUUCCUGUUAUCUCUAUUUAACAAAACAAUACAUUAUUUUUACGGAACAAAAUUGAUAACUAAAUAUUAGAUAUGUGACAAUCAUCAUCAUCAAGUCCCUUAGUCCUUGGACCGUUGGGGCGCCACAGAUGAUAUGUCAACUAUUCUCCUUCUUUCGUCUCUGUCUUCUGCACUGCGCACAGCAGCACCCAGUGUUAGUUCUGUCCACUCUUUGAUGUUAUCCUCCCAUCUUUUUCUUUAUCUUCCUCUUCUUCUCCCUCAUCUUGUGGUGCCCUGCAAUAUUUCUUUGGCAAGCCCUUGUUUCCUUAUGUGGCCGUACCAUUGUAGUUUGCGUUUUUCACAGUCACCAGUAGGUCUUCGUACUCCCCAAUUGCCUGACGAACCCUUUCUUUCACUGUAUCAUUGGAGAUAUGGUCCCUAUAGCAGAUGCCAAAAAUGCUUCUGAAACAUCUCAUCUCCAUCCCCUUUAUUUUCCUUUCAAGAUCUGCUGUUAAUGUCCAGGAUUCGCAGGCAAAAUGGAGAGGACUAAUGAGCGCAUCAGCCUGAUUUUGGUACUGAGGGCUAUAUUUUCCAUAUUUUCUUGAGCCUCUUUAGUGGUGUUGUAGCCUGCGCAAUCCUGGACAUCAGUUCCGGCUUGGAGCCUUCUUCUGAGACUAUUGCUCCUAUAUAUAUAUAUAUAUAUAUUAAACAAUUAUACUUCAUAUAUUUAACAAUUGUACUUAUAUAUUUAACUAUUGUCCUUUAUAUUUUUAACAAUUGUACUUGACAUAUUUAACAAUUGUACUUUAUAUAUUUAACUAUUGUACAUUAUUUUAUCAAAUUUGUAAUGUAUUGUUUUAUUUCACAAAAUUUCUGUCUCCCUCCUUGCCACCAGUCUGCAUCUACUUGUAACCUCAAACCCAUCAAGCUACUAGAAGGGAACAUUUACAAUGAAGGAGAUCACUUACAUGGAUUACUUGUGCUCUUUGCUGCCCAGGUCACGGACACCAGUCGGGUGGUGACCGUUGAGGCCUAUGCUGAACCCAAAUACCAUUACGGUGUUAUCGACAACAAAGGCAAAGCAGCGAGGCUGCUGUCUUUAGAGGUAAAUCAUGAUUGUCUGUGUUUGGAUUGAUACGCACAAAAUAAUUUCCCAUUCUGCCCAUGUUUAUAGGUUUUAAAAUGGAAUGGGUGUCCAGAAGAAAAACUGUUGGCUUAACAGACCUGUUUACUCUUACAAUUUUGGCGUACAAUCUAAGAUUUUGAGGUGUAUAAAUUAUAUAAUAUUUCAUUUUUUAAUAUAAAUAUAAGGUAUUGAAAAACUAUGUGAUGAUAUUGUACGAUGUUAAGAGUUUGAGGUAAACAGGUCUGGCUUGAGCACACUUUUAAACGUUAAAAAGUUGAUGUUGGAAAUUCUUGUGAAAUAAAAUGGUAGAAAUAUAAAUUAUAUAUAGAAUAAAGCAAAUAUUAAAUGUUACAGUUAUUGUUACAUCAUUGAAAUGUGACAUGUUUAACUCUGCAGGUGGGAACAGACUUUGAUGUGAAGGAACUACUGUUCCGUAACUACGGCAACCUCAUGGGGCCCUAUGAUGAGAUCACCCUCCGUCACACAUGGGGUCCCGGGACCGAGUUUACUGUCUCCGUAGCCUGGGUGGAUCCCACCAAUGACAUAGCGGCAUCCUAUGACGUACACAUACCAUCCACCUACCACGUGGGCAACCAAAAGCCGCUACUGAACAGGCCACUGAGGCCAGGCGUUUGGAAAGCUUGCGUCAUGAUUGACCUGAAGCUGGUCGCCCAGACCCAGUUUCUGGUCACACCCUUGACUUUUUACAACAACAAGCCCAUCUCAGUGUCUGAACUCUAUCGCACACAUCAAGGACCGCUGGGUCUGUACACGUCCACAGACUUCUCAGAGUUUAAAACAAACCUGCACAUUGUGGAGGACGGGAAGCUGAGCCAAGAAUAUGCCAUCAACAGUAAAAAAACUGGGACAGACCUGGAUCAGUGGGUGGACUCUCUUACCAACUUCUUUUGGGUGGUCCAGAGCAGCUGUUUUAUUGAAGCGUUUGAGGGUUGUCCCUCGACCAGCUUGUGCAAGUCAGCAACAUGGAGUUCCCGAUACGCAGAUCCCAAAUCGGACCCCAGGUAUAUAGGUGAAAAAAUCCCAGUUGUGAGCUGA